CUUCUUCUCUUACUUUCCCUUACUCCUUUUCUUACACUUUAUUAGUCAUGUUAUUCCAAACUAUACAUCGACAUGUUGACUCGUCACUUGAAUUGGUGAGUAAGGAUGACUUGAAUAAGAUGUUACUAGCCGACCUUAUAGAAUAUUGUCAAGAAAGAGGUCUUCCAACAGAAGGAACCAAGGCACAACUUGUUGAUCUUUUAUUAUGUUGGAAACAAAAUACAAGACCUAUACCAGCACCAUCGAUACCGCAGUUAUUUUCUACUGAAUUACGACCUAUUUCACAUAUUUCAGCACAAGAAUAUAGGAUGGAAUUAACAUCAAGGGAAUUCUCAGAAUUAUUUUUGGAAGAUGGUCCUGGUUUGGAUAUUCCUUAUCAUCAUUUACAAGUAGGACAAAAAUUAGGUAGUGGUGGAUUCAAGGAUUGUUUUAUUGGUCUUUAUAAAGGGGAAGCUGUGGCCAUUGGAGAAUUACGUUUAGCUCAAUUUAAUAAAAUGGAUUUAGCAGAAGUGAAAAAUGAAAUUCGAGUAUUAAAACAAUUACGACAUGAAAAUGUAAUUCAAUUUAUUGGUGUAUGUACAAAUCCUCAACAUUUAUGUAUCAUCACUGAAUUAUGUGCCAAAGGGGAUCUUUUUGAUGUCAUUCGGAAAUACAAACGUCCUAGUUUUGCUCAACAGGUCAUGUACAUGCAUGAUAUCGCUCUUGGUGUUUCUUAUUUACAUACUCGAAGACCAUCUAUUAUACAUCGGGAUCUCAAAUCAAUGAAUAUUUUGAUUUCUGAAGAUGAUCGGGCUAAAGUGAAUGAUUUUGGUUUGGCUCGGAUUCGACCUAAAGCAUCUGCAUUAAUGCAUACACAAUGUGGUACUCCUAAUUGGCAAGCACCUGAAUUCUGGUCAUCCAAUCCAAGUUAUACUGAAAAAGUAGAUGUUUAUGCAUGUGGUUUGAUAUUCUGGGAAAUUCUUACUUGGGGUGCCUAUGGUUAUCCAUUUCAAGAUUUAUCUGAACAUGCUCUUUAUAUUCAAGUGAAAGAACAUGAUGUUCGUCCUCCCAUGACCAAAUUGAUUCCUGUUUAUCCAAAAAGUCUUUUGAUCUUGAUUACUGAAAUGUGGCAAGGUGAAUCAUUUAGGCGUCCAACAAUGUCCCAUGUGGUGGAUAGAUUGGCUGCUUUUUUGACUUGAUUCCUCUUGUUGUUCUUGUCUUUGGUUUUUUUUUGUUUUGUUUUGUUAUCUAUUUUAUAUAUCCAUUCCAAUAAAUAUUGUAUACCUUUGUACUGAUUUACAUUAGAAAAUGUCCAUCUCUAUUAUUAUUCUUGAAAUGAUCGUCU